AUGAUGGAGGCAAUCAAGAAAAAGAUGCAGAUGCUGAAGUUGGAUAAGGAGAAUGCUCUUGAUCGGGCAGAGCAAGCUGAAGCUGAACAGAAGCAGGCAGAAGAAAGAAGCAAACAGCUGGAAGAUGAACUAGCAGCCAUGCAGAAGAAGCUCAAAGGGACAGAGGAUGAGCUGGACAAGUACUCUGAAGCUUUGAAGGAUGCCCAGGAGAAGCUAGAGCUAGCAGAAAAGAAGGCAGCUGAUGCUGAGGCUGAGGUGGCCUCCUUGAACCGCAGGAUCCAGCUGGUUGAAGAGGAGCUGGACCGAGCUCAGGAGCGCUUAGCCACUGCCCUGCAAAAGCUGGAAGAAGCAGAAAAAGCUGCUGAUGAGAGUGAGAGGUAUAGAGGGAAGUUUGAGGGGUACUCUCAAAAGGAAGACAAAUAUGAGGAAGAGAUAAAGAUUCUUACUGAUAAACUCAAGGAGGCAGAGACCCGUGCUGAGUUUGCUGAGAGAUCAGUAGCCAAACUGGAAAAGACAAUUGAUGAUUUGGAAGAUGAGCUCUAUGCCCAGAAACUGAAGUACAAGGCCAUUAGCGAGGAGCUGGACCACGCCCUCAAUGACAUGACUUCUAUAGCGUCUCUACAGCCAACUUGAGCGAAACCGCCUGCUUUCUAAUGAGCUGAAGCUAACGCUGCAUGAUCUGUGUGACUGAUGGGCAGGGCUCACUGAUGCCCAGUAAACCGAGCUUUCUGCUCACACCACUGACCUGGACCCCAGAAAAAGCUGAUUGACUUUUUAAAAGUUAUUAAUUUGUCCUAACCAGGUGGUUUUUAAAUUAGCAGUUAGAACACUGCCAAUUUCCUAAACUUACCAUAAAGUUGAAACAGUUAGCUAACUGUAUUUCAACCCCUUUAGAAGCGAUUAUGAGUAAUGAAAGGAAAUGCCUGAGAGUUUUUAGUGAAAACUUUGGAAGGAUUUUCUGUUUUCCACCCAUAACUGCUGCCCUUUCCCUUGUGCACUGACUAUAGGAUGUGUUCCAUUGCAUGGAUGUUUUCUAACAAUAAAGAGAUUGACUUGACCAGAUGUUGUAGCUGCUUCAUAUGGAGGCCCCAGGGAUUGGGCCCUUCUGACUGGGUGGACAAGGGAAGGGAAAGAUGGGUGUGGGGUCUAAAAAUGGGUCUGUAUUGCCAUCAUCAGCUCUGAGUUGAAGAUCUGAAUAUUUUCCUCCCCUCUAAAACAGUCCAUGGUUUGCUCGCUAAGCAGGUAGAUGUUCCUUGAUGUUCUGCUACUGAUUUUCUUCUUGAUAAUUUCCUUCUUGCCUCCUUUCCUGGUUUAUGUUUAACUGCAAGUAACUUUUGGCUAGUGGCCCUGCAAAAGUCUCAGUUAAGGUUUUGUCUACAAGUAUAUGUUUGUAUAGUAUUCUUGACUUUGUUUUCUUUAGAGAAUCUUGGGCUUAGCCCUGAAGACUCUUGUUUAUCCCCAUUAUUCCUUCUACCUUCUCUUUUGGAGAAAGUGUACAGUGCAUGAUGAGCCUCUGUGCUCUUUUUAGCUGUGUAGUUGGUUUGUAAUAGAAGAAAUAUGCCCAUUCCAGUUUGCAAUGGUCAUGCUCUAGUGAGCCAUUUUACAUAGGUUUUGUCCUGUGGGCAAAGUCUAGAAGAGUAAAUGGCUAAUGCUUCAGGCUUGCUCUCUUAGAGAUGAAAUGGCUAAUAAGGUCCUCAGCUCCCUCUCACCAGAAGUACAGCAAGCAACUCCCACAGCUUCAAUAACCAAAGGCCCUGCAGAACCCAGUGAUGCAAUAGCUUCUGUGGUUGGAAAGGCAGCUAGCUACUUUAUGAGUCUGCAGCAUCGCUGCAACCGAAGCAAGUCUAAAAGAAUCAACAAAGCCUGAAAUUUACUUUUUUGUAAUUUCUCUCCU